AUUUAAAGUUCGAGGUUAGGUGUUGUUCAUAAGAAAUUAUUGAAAUCACCUGAAAUUCCUAAAAAAGUAUAGUAAAUCCUUGUUCCCUACUAAACAUUGGCCGUUGAGCUGGUGAUAAAAUGUCUGUUGAAGACAAACUGAAGCAAGGUCCCAGAGAUGGAGUUUCUUAUCCUCUUCAUGUGAUUUAUUGUGGUAAUUGUUCAAUGCCUUUAGAGUAUUGUGAGUAUUAUCCAGAGUAUGAAAAAUGUAAACAGUGGCUUGAAAAGCACUUGCCAGAAGAAUUCGAGAAAGUCAGAAUAGGUGAUGACAACCCUGUUGAAGAAGAGAAGAAGCGACAAAAACGGGGUGGAAAAGGUAUGAUCAAAACUAAGAAAAAAGAGGAUGGUCCAAAACAAGUGUGUGUAUCCAGGGCACCUAGAGGAAAGAAGAAGUCUGUUACAGUAGUUACAGGGUUGAGUAGUUUUGAUAUUGAUUUGAAAGUAGCUGCAAAAUUUUUUGGCACACGAUUUGCCUGUGGCUCAUCAGUUACUGGUGAUGAUGAAAUUGUUAUACAAGGAGAUGUGAAAGAUGAUCUAUUUGACAUUAUACCUGAAAAGUGGCCAGAGAUUGAUGAAGACCUCAUAGAGGAUCUAGGUGAUCAGAAGAGAUAAUUUAUUCCAAUAUUAGGCCAGUAUUUAUUUGUUCAUAACCCAUGCACAAUAAACCACUGUCAUUAUAUUAUAGUUGUUAACAAUAA